AUGUUAGACACAUUUAUAAUCGGUUCUAGCAACCUGUAUAUAAGGAUUACUGCAUCUAUCUAUCUAUCUAUCUAUCUAUGUCUAAAACUUUAUUUCCAAUUUCAACACAUUCAUCAUCUAUAUCAAUCUAUCUAUGUCUAUAUUUGCUCAUAUCUAUCUAUCUAUCUAUCUAUCGAUCGAUCAGCGUGUUCAUCUAUCUACCUAUCCAUAAGCCUGUUCACUAUCUAUAAGCCUGUUCACUAUCUAUCUAUCUAUCUAUCUACAAGCCUGUUACGUAUCUAUCUAUCUAUCUAUAAUCCUGUUCAGUAUCUAUCUAUCUAUCUAUCUAUCUAUCUAUCUAUAAUCCUGUUCAGUAUCUAUCUAUCUAUCUAUCUAUCUAUCUAUCUAUCUAUCUAUCUAUCUAUCCAGCCUGUUCAGUAUCUAUCUAUCUAUCUAUCUAUCUAUCUAUCUAUCUAUCUAUCUAUCUAUCUAUCUAUCUAUCAUCCUGUCUAUCUAUCUAUCUACCUAUCUAUCUAUCUAUCUAUCUAUCUAUCUAUCAGCCUGUUCAGGCAUAUCUAUCUCUAUCUAUCUAUCUAUCUAUCUAUCUAUCUAUCUAUCUAUCUAUCUAUCCAUAAACCUGUUCAGUAUCUAUCUAUCUAUCUAUCUAUCUAUCUAUCUAUCUAUCUAUCUAUAAGCCUGUUCAGUAUCUAUCUAUCUAUCUAUCUAUCUAUCUAUCUAUCCAUCUAUCUAUCUAUAAGCCUGUUCAGUAUCUAUCUAUCUAUCUAUCUAUCUAUCUAUCUAUCUAUCUAUAUAUAUAUAUAUAUAAGCCUGUUCAGUAUCUAUCUAUCUAUCUAUCUAUCUAUCUAUCUAUCUAUCUAUCUAUCUAUCUAUAAACCUGUUCAGUAUCUAUCUAUCUAUCUAUCUAUCUAUCUAUCUAUCUAUCUAUCUAUAAACCUGAUCUAUCUAUCUAUCUAUCUAUCUAUCUAUCUAUCUAUCUAUAAGCCUGUUCAGUAUCUAUCUAUCUAUCUAUCUAUCUAUCUAUCUAUCUAUCUAUCUAUCUAUAAGCCUUAUCUAUCUAUCUAUCUAUCUAACUCUGUCUUAAACUGCACCUCGGUUCUUUCCGUCAAAGAGUUCUCUUUCAUUCUUUCUUUCGGUCCUUUUUGCUGUUAUCUGUCUUUUUUUUUUUAUAUUUUGUUUGUCUCUUUUUGCAACAUUUCAACACCCUCCUUCUCUAUCUCAAUUAUCUAUAUCUAUUUAUAUCUAUAUUUCUUCAUAUCUAUCUAUCUAUCUAUCUAUCUAUCUAUCUAUCUAUCUAUCUAUCUAUCUAUCUAUCUAAGGCUGUUCAUUAUCUCUCUAUGUCGGUUUUUUCAUAUCUAUCUAUCUAUCUAUCUAUCUUUUUUUCCAAUUUUCUUGCUCUGGAUUCCUCCUUUCGUCUUUGUGACCUCGAAGGCAAGCCGGAGUCAGUCAGUCAGUCAGCCUUUCCCCCGGGGGUCCUUAAACUAUUCAUAUCUAUCUAUCUAUCUAUCUAUCUAUCUAUCUAUCUAUCUAUCUAUCUAUCUAUAUGCCUGUCUGUUCGUCGCUAUAUGUUUCUGUUUCUCUAUCUCUAUCACUGUUCAUUUCUAUCUAUCUAUCUAUCUGUUUGUCGCUAUAUGUCUCUGUUUCUUUAUUUAUCUUUGUGACUGUUCAUAUCUAUCUAUCUAUCUAUCUAUCUAUCUAUCUAUCUAUCUAUCUAUCUAUCACCGUGUCUGUCAUAUAACUUUAUUUAUCUCGCUAUCACUAUUCAUAUAUAUGUAUCUAUCUAUCUAUAUCUCUUCUUAUUUAUCUGUAUUUCUCUAUCACUAUCAAUAUUCGUAUCUAUCUAUCUAUCUAUCUAUCUAUCUAUCUAUCUAUCUAUCUAUCUAUCUAUCUAUCUAUCUAAGUCUGUUUAUAUCUUUCUCUUUAUCUAUCUAUCAUCCCUAUCAAAGGCUUUUCAUAUCUAUCUAUCUAUCUAUCUAUCUAUCUAUCUAUCUAUCUAUCUAUCUAUCUAUCACAGUUUAUAUUUUCACUAAACCACGCCUAACUUCUACAGGAAAUUAUCUAUCUAUCUAUCUAUCUAUCUAUCUAUCUAUCUAUCUAUCUAUCUAUCUAAGUCCAUUUAUUAUCUAUCACUCGAUCUAUCUUUUUUUCUUUAUAACUGACUUCAUAUCUAUCUAUCUAUCUAUCUAUCUAUCUAUCUAUCUAGCGAUCUAUCUUUUUUCUUUAUAA